AUGUGGUCUAAUAUUUUCGCAAGCACCGUUGCGGUGCUGCUUUUCACCGGAGAUGGACUGUCCCGGCCUCGUGGCCUUGUCCUUGACAGUCUCAACCGGCUUUUGGUCGUGGAAAGGGGCGUUGGUAUAAGCCAACACGACCUUGAUAUUUCUGGAUGCAUUUACUCCUCUCGCCUUCUUAUUGAAAUGUCUGCCCUGAACCAUGGCAUCUACCUCGGAAUCGACGGCAAUAAGUUAUUUGCCAGCUCAUCCACCACGGUUUUCAGAUGGUCAUAUGACCCUAAGACUGGUAACAUUAGUCAAUCACCUACCACUAUCAUCUCGGGCAUGUCCCCUGACGACCACGUCACCCGAACCUUGAUCAUACCAUCCAGCUGCCCGGAUCUUCUAGUCGUUUCUCAUGGUUCCAAGGGUAAUGUCGACUUCGCGGCUGUUGAUCCGGGAACGGCGAGGGCUACCGUCAAAGUCUUUAAUAUUUCAACCAUACCUAACGGUGGCUACGACUUUGUUAAAGAUGGUUGGGGCGCUGGAUACGGCCUACGAAACGAAGUAGGGCUUGUCUUCGACGGCAAUGAUAUGCUCUGGGGUGUAGAGAACAGCGCUGAUCAACUCACGCGCAACGUCAGCGGAGUUUCGACAGAUAUCCACAAUGACAACCCAGCUGAGGAGCUCAACUACCUAGGCGAUAUUAAGACGCCAAAUGAUGCUUGGUAUGGGUAUCCGACAUGUUUCACCGUAUGGCAACCCGAGGCAGCUCUCACCAACACUACUAGUGGAAACCAGUUAGACGUUGGUCAACAGUUCGUCCUAGCUCCGAACCAGACGUUCGAUGACAACUCUUGUGCAAAGAUGUCAAGGCCCCCACGUCUUACGUUCGAAGCCCACACCGCACCGCUAGAUGCCAAAUUUAAUGCGCCCAAGUACACCAAUCUGUUCGUCACCUUGCACGGUAGUUGGGACCGCGAUCCUCCAGCCGGAUACAAGCUUGUAGCAGUGCCUUUCAAGCGUGAUCCCGGCGACAAUGGAGCUUACGCCCCCGUCGCACCAGCAAACAGCAAAACUGGGUAUGUAGAUAUCUUCUACCCGCCUGACGAAGGGAAGUGCUCGUCAUCAAACUGCACACGACCGGUCGGUUUAGUUUUCGACAAAGCUGGAGAGCUAUACAUGUCAAGCGACACGUCCGGCGAGAUAUUUAAGUUAAUAUAUAGCCCUUGA